AUGAAUUCAGUAUGGUUAGGUAGGGUGGCGAGGUUUUGCAGGAAGUUGCAGGUUCGCAACGUCUUUUCGUUUAAAAAUCGUGAUGGGGACGUUUUUAUACCGCUUGAGCCGUGUCCGUCGAGGAUUGAUCAAAGUUUGGUUGAGGAGCCUCCGUAUUUUGAUGAAAAGUUGAUUGCUAAUCUUGAAAGGUUGUCGCUUGUGCGCUUUUCCAACGAAGAAGCUGUAGCGCACUUGAGGAUGGCUGUUCGUUAUGCGAAUCAGCUUAUGCAACUGGACACUGAGAACGUUGAGCCAUUGGAAACAGUGUUAGAGGACUUAGCAUGCCCACUGAGGGACGAUGUUGUGGAUCAUACAGUAAAAAAGAAAGAAGUACUUAUGAAUGCUGUAGAACUGGUUGAAGAUUAUUUUGUCUCACCACCAGGAAAUGUUCCUUUGCAAGAAGUGAGCAAUUUAGACUUGAGAAAAGUUAAUGAAUGGGACUUGGCAGCGAUGCAGGACACCAGCAAGAAGAAAUUGUUUAAGUGA